GGGGAGGAGGAAGCUUCAUUUCUUCAUGCAGAAACUGGAUGGAACAAUCCUGAGAAGGAAGGAACAGCCACACUCUUUCCGUGACAUUCUGGAGAAGGUCAUGUUCCAUUUCAGCCUGAGACACACAACUGACUCACUCUCCUGGUGUCUCUGAAGAAAAGAAAUCAGUGAUCUGUUCUAACUCUUUCUGUUCUUAGGGAAGGAUACAUUUUGUGUGGCGCUCUUUUAGCCACUUACCUGCUUUGAGUUUCUACAGUGACCAGCAGUGAAGGGAAAAUAUUAGAUCAUGUCGGAGUUCUGGUUAAUUUCUGCCCCAGGAGACAAAACUAAUCUGCAAGCAUGGGAGAGAAUGAACACUGUGACAUCUAAGUCCAACCUGUCCAGCAACAGUAAAUUCCAUAUUCCAGACUUAAAGGUGGGGACACUGGAUGCUCUUGUUGGUCUGUCAGAUGAGUUGGGAAAACUUGAUACCUUUGCUGAAAGCGUAAUAAAGAAAAUAGCCCAGUACAUAGGAGAAGUUAUGGAGGACUCAAAAGAUAAAGUCCAGGAAAAUCUUCUGGCCAAUGGAGUUGACCUAAUUAGCUACUUGACACGGUUUGAGUGGGACAUGGCCAAAUACCCCAUAAAGCAGCCACUGAAGAAUAUAUCAGAAGCAUUAGCAAAGCAAGUGACUCAAAUAGAAACAGACCUGAAGACCCGAUCAUCUGCGUACAACAACAUUAAAGGAAAUUUGCAAAGCCUGGAGAAGAAAACUAUGGGAAAUCUGCUGACCCGGACCCUGGCAGACAUUGUGCACAAAGAAGACUUUGUUCUGAACUCCGAGUAUCUUAUCACGCUGCUCGUCGUGGUGCCAAAGUCAAGCUACGUUCAGUGGCAGAAGACCUAUGAAUCACUCUCAGAGAUGGUAGUACCUCGCUCCACCAAAAUGAUUGCUGAGGAUGCAGAAGGAGGACUCUUCACUGUGACCCUAUUUAGAAAAGUGAUGGAUGACUUUAAGGCCAAAGCCAGGGAGAACAGGUUCAUUGUUCGAGAAUUUUAUUAUGAUGAGAAGGAACUGAAAUGCGAAAAGGAAGAGCUGAUGAAAUUAGCUUCUGACAAGAAACAACAAUAUGUAUGGCCUCCCUGUGAAUUUCCAAGCAAUGCUGCUGCAGCCAAACAGGAAGUCUGUGAAGCGCCUGAGAGAUGUCCUGAACGUGGUCUUCAAACAUCUGGAUGAAGUUGCAGCAGCAAGUAUAAUGGAUGUAUGUAUUUGGACUGCAAGUGCACAUGCUGUAGCUUCUCUCAGCUUAGCUAAAUGAACACUUCCACUGUCCUGGGGUUAGAGCAUGCAUCUGCUCACAUCUUGCAAUGACAGGAGUCCUGGACACAGCUCUAAUCCCAGCUGGUUACAGACUGGAUUAGGGUAGGCUUAGAUUAUGAUGCAGAUGCAGAGAGAUUGCUUAUAUAUUCUGUUGAAGCAUCUGAUGUUUACAGCUACCAGAACAAAAUAGGUCUGCUCAAUUAUGGCUGUUCGCCUAUGUAAAAAGCUUAAAAUCUAUUAUAAACAUUCAGAUUAACACAAGCAAGAAAAAUUAAUUUGGAACUAAAACCUAGGACUGUCACACCUCUGUCCCCUGUAAAAGGCUGUCAUUUAUACAUAACCUAGGCCUUCAACAAGCAGCAGUACUUGCUUUCUCCUUCCCCAUAUCUUGAAUUACAAUUCAAACCAAUUUAGGCUAAAGCAAUAAAUGAGGUAGCAGGCUUUCAAAACAGCCCAAAACCAGCAAGCAUGGGUCCCACUGCAUGAAGGAAGGACAGAGAUGAGUUGCUGUAGAGCUGAAGCACACAAAAAUGCUACAAGUUCAUAACAGCACAGGCAUGAAUUCUCAAUGCUAAUUACAUUAGGCAACCUGAAACAAGAUGUAGAGCAGAUUCUCAGUGAAUUCCCCACUUUAAGCAGGCUCCAUUGCGCCUGUGGGAAAGGAGCACAAAAGCAAUCCCCUGGAGCUUGGAACUGCACAGGUUUACUGGUACUAAAGCGGUUACUUCCU